AUGGAGUCUGGUUCAUCUAGUGCUGCUACUGGUGCUAGUUCUUUCGCCCAAGAUGAGGUGAAGAAGUGUAUCGAGAUGCAGACGAAGAUGCAGGAGUUCUCCACCUCAUGCUUUUACGCCGUGAAAAGGAUCAGAUUUGGCAUGACAGCAGUUAAAGAUGCAAAAUCAGGGCGUAAACUUGUCUUUUGCUUAAUUCAUCACAUCUUGUCUGCUACUUGCGUAAAUAAGGUGAUCAUGAAUCGACAUCAGCAAAAUCAACGAGCUGACAACCAAGGAAAUGUGGUGAACAAUCAGGCGAAUGAACCAGUUGAUGAAAAUAUUUUCGCUGAAUUUGUUCCGGAGGAAGACUAUGCAUCUCCUAUUAUUCAGCCUCGAUUUGGAGCCACUACUAACAAUGUUUCACAAGAUGCUCUUCGGUUGAGGUUAUUCAAACAUUCCCUAGCUGGAGAAGCAAGAACAUGGUUUGAGAAGCUUCCCCGGAAUUCCAUUACUUCAUGGGCAGAAAUGACAACUGUUUUUCUCACAAAGUGUGCUAUGAUCCAAAAUAUGGUGAGGGAGAAUCAAGACACCCAGCAAACAUUGGUAGCACUUGCUACAAAUAUUGCCUUGCUGAUAAAGAAAUUUGAUGAAACUCAAAUCAAAAAGGUAAAUGUUUGUGAAGAUAAUACAGUCUUGCCGCAAGGGAUGUACCAUGCUCAAGAUGGUCCGUUCCUUGAGGGGCCAUCUAGGCAGGUUGAAGAUGCCAACUAUGUCAACAACCCUCAAGGGGGUCAUAAGAGACAGAAUUACCAAGGUGGCUAUCAGAGUCAAAAUCAAUGGAGACCGCAGCAAGGCCAAGGCCAAGGUGCUUACAAUAAUUCUGAGCAAGGUAGUUCGAAGGUUGAAGCAAUGCUUGAGCAGAUUCUGGCAAACCAAUCUAAGUCUGACAGAACUUUAUCUGGGCUGACAGAAACAGUAGGGUCCCAUACAGCAGCCAUUCAGAAGCUUGAGUCGCAGAUGAGGGACAUUUCUAGAGAGCAACACCCUCCUAAAAAGGGAGGACUUCCGAGUGACACUGUUCCAAAUCCCAGAAAUGGGGGAGGCGGUAUAGACCGUGCGUUUGCCAUCACUACUAGGAGUGGUAAAACAAUACAAGGGGCUGCGGAGAGAAUGAUUGAUCUUGAGCCGAUAAAUGAAGAAAAUGAGGUGCAGUCUAAAGCACCCAUUACUGCUGAUGAGAUUCCUGCUGACAAGAAGGUUCCUGAAAUUCCAGAGAUAGUGACGGAAGCUGAUAACACAAUAGAGUUCAAAAUGGAAGAAGAAAACUUGGGUGAGGCAUUGGCUGGGAUUCUGAUGAAUUUCGAUGCUGAAGAUAUGAAAGACUAUGAGGAAACAGUUAAUUCACUUGUUGGGUUGGGCUCAUACAUAUACCAACCAAAGAAGCUGAGUCUUGAUCUGGAAAAUAGAACAACUCCUCCAGCAAAGCCUUCAAUCAUUGAGCCGCCUAGAUUGGAGCUUAAACAGCUCCCAUCACACUUGAGAUAUGAAUUCCUUGGUCCCGACAACACAUUACCAGUGAUUGUGUCAGUUUCAUUGACUGAGGAGCAGAUUGUGCAACUUUUGGAGGUAUUAAGAGAGUAUAGGCGUGCUAUUGGUUGGACCAUAGCAGAUAUUCGAGGUAUCCCAUCUGGGAUCUGUGAGCACAAAAUCCAGUUGGAGGAUGGCAGCAAACCAAGUGUAGAGCAUCAGAGGCGACUAAACGAGAACAUGCAAGAGGUUAAAGGCGGCAUCACUGUUGUACCGAAUGCUAAGAAUGAGUUGAUCCCGACCAGAACUGUCACAGGUUGGAGAGUUUGCAUGGAUUAUCGCAAGCUCAACACAACCACGAGCAAAGACCAUUUCCCUAUGCCCUUCAUUGAUCAGAUGUUGGAUAGACUAGCAGGGCGUUCUUAUUAUUGUUUCCUCGAUGGUUAUUCAGGUUACAAUCAGAUCAACAUUGCUCUGGAAGACCAGGAGAAAACCACGUUCACUUGUCCUUAUGGGACAUUUGCAUUCAGCCGGAUGCCUUUUGGUUUGUGUAAUGCACCAGCGACUUUUCAGAGGUGCAUGAUGUCAAUCUUCUCCGACAUGGUGGAGGAUUUCUUGGAGGUGUUCAUGGAUGAUUUUUCCGUGGUGGGUGACUCACUCGAUGAUUGUCUUGGCCAUCUGGGUCAAGUGCUAAAAAGGUGCGAAGAGACAAAUCUGGUGCUGAACUGGGAGAAAUGUCAUUUUAUGGUGAAGGAAGGAAUCGUCCUCGGUCACAAAAUCUCUGAAAGGGGAAUCGAGGUCGAUCAAGCAAAAAUUGAUGUGAUUUCCAAACUUCCUCCACCUAUCUCAGUAAAAGGUGUCCGCAGUUUCUUGGGGCAUGCUGGGUUCUACAGGCGCUUCAUCAAAGAUUUCUCUAAGGUUGCAAAUCCUUUGUGCAAGCUUCUUGAAAAAGAGGCUAAAUUUGUGUUUGAUGAGAAGUGCCAGAAGGCGUUUGAAGAGUUAAAAGUGCGUCUCACUACUGCUCCUAUUAUUAUUUCUCCUGACUGGUCCCUACCAUUCGAACUGAUGUGUGAUGCUAGUUGUUUAGCAAUAGGUGCUGUGCUUGGGCAGAGGCACAAUAAAAUUAUGCACCCUAUCUAUUAUGCUAGCAGAACGCUGAAUGCUGCACAGAUGAAUUACACAGUGACAGAGCAAGAGUUGUUUGCCAUUGUGUUUGCUUUCGAAAAAUUUCGGGCCUACUUAUUGGGGUCCAAAGUUGUGGUUUAUACUGAUCAUGCAGCCUUGAGAUACCUCAUGGAAAAGAAGGAAGCAAAGCCGCGACUGAUCAGAUGGGUGCUACUGCUACAAGAGUUCAAUUUUGAGGUAAAAGACCGAAAGGGCACUGAAAACCAGGUGGCUGACCAUCUCUCUCGGCUUGAAGAAGCUGAGAGACCGUCUGAUGAGCUUGAUAUAGAUGAUGCGUUUCCAGAUGAGAGGGUGUUGGCAGUGUCAAAUGAGGUAGCACCAUGGUAUGCUGAUUUUGCAAACUAUUUGGGUAAUGGUUGUUUUGGUGCAGGAAGAUAUGACAGAAAAAUUGUGCUGAAUUGCAGGAAUGGGUCACAAAAGGAAAUCAACGAAAGAGGGGGCACACAGCACGGGCAACAGGAAGAAGGCGUGCUCGGGUUCCAGAUUAAUAAAUGA